GGAAGGAGGUUUGGUGGAGGGUUAGAUGGUGGGGGAGAGGGGAAGCAAGUUUCAGAAAUCUCCAAGCUACAACCUUUGAGAAGUAAGUCUUAGUGAUUGUAUAAAUACAGGUAACAGCAAUCCUGUAUUUCUCUGCUUGUACCCUUCUAACUAGAUGUAACUUUCUGGCAGGGAACGUACUCCUCUGUGCUGCUUUUGAGUCUAACCAUUUCAGCUGCAGUCUGUGAAGGCAUCAGGCUUUAAUUUGAGCAUCUUCUUAGCAGGACUUUACAUUCCCACUGUAGUUAAGACUGGAGCUCCUCUGACUUUUCAUCAUGAAGAACUUGUAUGUAUCUGUAGUUCUGCUGCAGCUCAUUGGGACUUGUUUAUGCCAAUACCCUCGCCCAUGUGCCAACUCAGAAGGCCUACGGACCAAAGAGUGUUGCCCUGUGUGGGACGGGGAUGGCUCACAAUGCGGUGCUAUGUCAGGACGUGGUUUCUGCACCGAGGUGGAGGUCUCCGAUGAGCCCCAUGGGCCCCAGUACCCCCACAGUGGGAUUGACGACAGAGAGCGAUGGCCUUUAGCUUUCUUUAACCGGACUUGUCGUUGUGCUGGAAACUAUGGAGGUUAUAACUGUGGUGAAUGCAGGUUUGGUUACUGGGGUUCAAACUGUGCUGAGUACAGGGAGUCAGUGCGCAGGAACAUCCUGACCAUGUCACCUGCAGAGCAACAGAAGUUCACCUCUUAUCUGAACCUGGCAAAGAACACCAUCAACGCUGACUAUGUGAUCUCAACGGCAACAAGAGCAGAGAUGGGGGAAAACGGUGAGAACCCCCUGUUCUCUGACAUCAACUCCUAUGAUCUCUUUGUCUGGAUGCACUACUACGUGUCCCGGGACGCCUUCUUGGGAGGGCCAGGGAACGUGUGGAGAGAUAUUGACUUUGCCCAUGAAUCUGCUGCAUUCUUGCCAUGGCACCGAGUCUUCCUGCUCCACUGGGAGAAUGAGAUAAGAAAGCUGACUGGAGAUUUUAACUUCACUAUCCCAUACUGGGACUGGAGGGAUGCCCAGACCUGUGAGGUAUGCACCGACGCUCUGAUGGGGGGACGCAGCCCCCUAAAUCCCAACCUCAUCAGCCCCGCUUCAGUCUUCUCCUCAUGGAAGGUGAUCUGCACCAAUCCCGAGGAGUACAACAGCAGAGAGGCCUUGUGUAACGCCACAGGGGAGGGUCCACUGCUGCGCAACCCUGGCAACCAUGACCGCAACCGCAUGCCGAGACUCCCCACAACAGCUGAUGUGGAUUUCACUGUGGGCCUCUCGGAGUACGAGUCGGGAUCCAUGGACAGAUUAGCCAAUGGGAGCUUUAGAAACGUCAUAGAGGGCUUUGCCAGUCCGACGUCAGGUAUGGCAGCUCCAGGCCAGAGCACCAUGCACAACGCCCUGCAUGUCUUCAUGAACGGCUCCAUGUCCUCAGUGCAGGGCUCAGCCAACGACCCCAUAUUCCUGCUGCACCAUGCUUUCAUUGACAGCAUCUUUGAGCGCUGGCUCAGAACUCACCAGCCUCUCCGGACCCACUACCCACGAUCCAAUGCCCCCAUCGGCCACAAUGACGGUUACUACAUGGUGCCCUUCUUGCCUCUGUACAGAAAUGGAGACUACUUCCUGUCCGAUAAGGCUCUAGGAUUUGAGUAUGCCUACCUGUUGGACCCUGGCCAGAGGUUUGUUCAGGAGUAUCUGACGCCAUACCUGGAGCAGGCCCAGCAAAUCUGGCAAUGGCUUCUGGGAGCCGGGAUCCUCGGGGCGCUGAUCGCUGCAAUUUUCGCCGCGGUGCUUAUUGUUGCAAGAAGGAAGUGGAAGCGUAACCAGAGGAGGAAGAGGGUGCCGAGCUUUGGAGAGAGACAGCCAUUACUGCAGAGCAGCUCAGAGGAAGGCUCAUCUUCAUACCAGACUACUCUGUAACGCACACUGAUACUGUACACACACACACAUUAACUAUUAGGGACUGCUUUUUCAUGAUGCAAGUAAACAAGAUAAACCCAGGUGCAAGGUAAAAUGUGUAAUUGAGCUCUAGAAAAGAAUCCACUGAAAUUGUAAACGGUAUCUUGUUUGACUUUGAGAUAAUUACUGCUAAAACUAUAGCGAUACAGUGCAGGUGAAGUUAAUUGAAUUGUGAUGGUAAUAGCAUGGAAACAUUUCAGCAACAUGUCUUAGAAAAAACAAUGAGAGGAUUAAAAAACCUUAUCUUAACGUUUUCAAUGGAUUUUAGAGUUUCAUAUAUAUUUUUGGUAUUAAGGUGAACUAACCUUUUGAAGUAAGGGGCAAUUUAAAUCAAGAUCGUGGAUAAGAAUCAGGUACCCAACAUCUGAAAGAUAACCCAAAAGGUUUAUACAUCCAGCAGAUAUUUUUGGGAUAUAUUUUUACCUCACACAGAGCCAAUUGUUAUUCAAUUAUAAAAUGCAAUCAGUCUUUUGUCAUGUUUUCAUGAACAUGCAAGUAUUUUUUAUAGUUCACUACAGUAUUUUCUUGUAUUUGUACAGUGACUUGUGUCAGCUUUCCUUUGAGUACAUUUACUGAAAUGAUUUAUCUCAAUGCUGCAGGUCUCCCUUGAAAAAGAGAUCUAUGAUCUCAAUGGGACCAAUCUCGUUAAAUAAAGGUUUGAAAUGAAAGUCUCCCACAUCUCUCUUGUGUGUUACCGCUGGUGCUAAAGGACCACAGCAGUGUGCUAUGAGAAGAGACUGUGAUCGUUCAGAGGAAAAGAGAAGUAAGAGGUAUCAUGAUAACAAAUCAUGAGUUUGUGUACUAUAUGCUGCAUUAAAAUUGAACAACAAGA